AUGGUACUAGACCUAUUUGUCGCUGGAAUCGCCAUUAUUCUCGUUGCCUUUGCGACAAAUAUCAGAGGCAGUGGCUCAACUGGCUAUCUCGGCGUAGCCCUGUAUCAAAUCGUGACAUUCAGUACCACGCUACAGACGCUCGUUACCGAGUGGACGCAGGUUGAAAUGGCUCUUGGGGCUAUCAGUCGUGUCCGUACCUAUAUUCUCGACGCAAAAGACGAGAACCUGCCCAAUGAGACCGGACAUGUCAGCGACAAAUGGCCCGCAAAGGGUGCCAUUGUAUUCAACGCCAUCUGCGGUCGCACAGGUAGCGGCAAAUCUUCCCUGGUAUCAACUCUCCUGCGCAUGCUGGAGCUUCAAUCAGGAUCGAUUUGCGUUGACGACAUCGACAUCAGCACCAUCACUCGCCAGGCCGUUCGUGCUCGCUUCAACUCCCUUCCCCAAGACCCGUUCUUCCUACAAGGCACCGUCCGCGAGAACCUUGAUCCUCUCAGGGUCGCAACCGACGAGCGCUUGGUUCAGGCACUUCAGUCUGUGCGCCUAUGGGACUUUUGCGAGUCUCGCGGCGGGCUGGAUGAGGAUAUGAACGAAGGGACCUUGUCGCAUGGACAGAGGCAGCUGUUCUGCCUUGUUCGAGCAGUAAUCAAUCCAAGCAGCGUCCUCAUUAUGGAUGAGGUGGGUGGCAGUGUUGACGCGGAUACGGACGCUUUGAUACACGAGGUUCUGCGGAAAGAAUUUGAGGCGUGCACUGUCAUUGCUGUUGUUCACAAGCUACACACAACGCUGGACUUUGAUCGCUUCGUGGUGCUAAACAAAGGGCGUAUCGUUGAGGAGGGCCCACCGCGUGAGCUGCUUGAACGGCCAGGAUCACUGUUCAAGGCGCUAUAUGACAGCAUGCAGACAGACGAGAGGUAA